AUGAGUUCUGCUAUCACAGUAAGAAAUGCAUUAUCAGGAGAUGCCGACUUUAUCAAGAAAUGCCUUAGAAGUUUGAUAAAUGUUUCUUUCAAUACAAAAAAUGAUUAUAAAUAUUCAAAAUUUGAUCCGAUCUACAAACACAUUCUCAAAAAUCCUGAAGAAACACCAAUAUUCAUUGCAGAGAAAAAUGGUUCCCCUGUUGGUUGUGCUUUAUGUAACAGAAUAUAUACUUUAGAAAUGAAUUGCAAAACUCUUAAUAUUGCAGACUUGAUUGUUGAUGAAAAUUAUAGAGGUCAUGGAGUUGGCAAAGUAUUAUUGGAUCAUAUAAAGAAAUACGCAAAAGAAAAUAAUUAUGAAACUUUGGAAGGUCUUACACCGGUUUUAACUUCAGAAAAGGCAAAAGAAAGAAUGGCUUUCUAUGAGAAAAAUGGAUUCAAACAACUCGGUCCUGGAAUUAUAUUUGAAGUUACUCCAGUAACCUAUGAUUAA